AGUAAACUACCUUACCAGCUAGAAACAUUACAUUGUCAAUUUACAUCAUUAAUCAUUCCCUCAAUUUAUUUGUUUAGGAACAAAACUCCAGUGCUGUUUCUUUUUGGUGAUUAUGAAUUUCUGUGUAGAGUGAUGGGGAUCAGUGGUGCUAGUGGUAAGUGAUAUUCAAAUGCAUCUAAACAUUAUAAUUAAUAUACUUCUUAAUUACAUUUUACAACUUAUAUCCAUAGGUCGCCACUCAUGCCUGUGGUGUACUAUCAUUGCCUUAGAGAUAAAGCUUCCCAGGGACGAAAGAAGUCCUACCAUUCUGAGGACCCUGGAGAAUCUUCAUGAGCAACAUCAAAAAUUUCUUGAUGCUGGGGGUGACAUCAAAAAGGCUAAGAAUUAUUUUAAUGUCAUUCAUAGAGCCAUUUUUGAUAUCCCAAUUGAACAGGUAAGUAAUAGAAAACUCUUCAGCAAAAUAUUUUAACACUAACCACUUGCUGAGAAAAUAAUGUACUAAGCUUUCUUCCUAACCUUUAGAUUUGCAUUCCUGGCCUCCACAUCAGCCUGGGACUGUUUUUGAAGUUUUUUGACAUGCUAGUCGAGGAGUGUGAUGAGUUGGAUGCCAAGAUUGCCUGGAAAUUAGCUGAAACUAACAAUCAGCUUGAAAGCUUGGGUGAUCUAAAAGAGCACAUUACACUUUUGCGACAAGCUUCAAAACACUCAAAAACAGCUGAAAAUUAUGAUGCCCAGGCCCAGGAAAUUGAAGCCAACACAGUACACCUGCUGACUGUUGCCAGACAAGUCCUGGUUUUCAAUGAAGACAACCAAAGCCCUGUCAUCAACACUAUGCUACAGUCUGCAAGGGAACUUAGAGAGAAAGCUGAAAAUGAGCAUGCUCAGUCACUGGCCAUCCAAUCCAGUACUUCAAUGCCAAAGGGAUCUGGUGUGGUUAACACAGCCACUGAAAAUUUUCUCCAGGAGAUCAAUGUUAAGCGACAAGCCUACCACAGUCAAAGCUUUGUUGGUAACCAUGUAGAUAUCUGCCUAAAGGUACAUAACAUCAAGAGACUGUGUGAAAAAGUGGUGGACACAACAAAAGAUGCAGUUCGAUCGCUUGAGGAUGAAGCUUCAGCCAUCCAGGAGAAGUACGAAACUCUUUUGACACUUUUCUCCCAGUGCCACUCCAAGUACAACUCCAGUGAGGCAGUGGAAGAUGCAGAAAUAAAUGUGCUAGAAAGAGACAUAGAGGCAUUCGUCACUUUCUUUAGGAGCAACUUCCCAGAUGCAACCUUUCCCCCAAAGAUGCACAUGCUUGAGGAACAUGUCGUCCCAUUCUUGAGAAGAUGGCACUUUCCACUCGGAUUUUUUGGUGAACAAGGAGGAGAGAGCAUCCAUAAAGAUUUUGUUCAGCUCGCUUCAACAUUUUCUCAUGUUAAGCCUUCCACAAUGCGUCUUAAGAAAAUGUUAGAGGAGCAUCAUCUUGUUGUUCAUCCAAAGAACAAAGAAUUGAUUCCUGAAAAAAGGAAGCGAAAUUUGAAGAGAAAUCAACAACUUCAAGAGUAA